AUGACCAUUGACAACAAGCCCGAGACCCUCAUCACGCAGGACGAGUCGCUCCGCGGCGUCCUCCCCAAGGACUUCUGGUAUGCCGCCGCCACGGCCGCGUACCAGAUCGAAGGCGCGUGGAACGAGGACGGCAAGGGCGUCGGCAUCUGGGACGAGCUCAUGAACAAGCCCGAGUGGGACGCGACCGGCAACGGCAUGAUCGCGUGCGACUCGUACCACCUGUGGAAGGAGGACAUUGCGCUCAUCAAGUCGUACGGGAUGAACAGCUACCGCUUCAGCAUUUCUUGGAGCCGCGUCAAGCCCAAGGGCGGCGCCGACGACGAGGUCAACGAGAAGGGAAUCGAGUACUACAACAACCUGAUCAACGGUUUGCUUGCGGAGGGAAUCACGCCCUGGAUCACCAUCUUCCACUGGGACACGCCGGCCGAGCUCGACCACAGGUACGAGGGCUUUGCGGACACGGAGCAGAUCGUGCGCGACUUUACGUCGUACGCCAACCUUCUCUUUGAGCGCUUCGGCGACCGCGUCAAGAAUUGGAUCACGUACAACGAGCCCCUCGUGUACACGGGCUACAACGCCCAGUUCUUCAAGCGCGACGUGUGGACCGACGCCCUGCAGGCCAAGUACACCCGCUCGGCGAUCCUGUGCCACGCCCACGCUGUCAACCUCUACCACAAGCAGUUCGCGCCCACCCAGGGCGGCCAGAUUGGUAUCGUGCUCAACAUCGACUGGGUCACGCCCAUCGACGAUUCACACGAGGCACGCGCGGCCGCCCAGGCGUCCAACGACUUCAUGUUGGGCCAGUACGCCGACCCCAUCUACCUCGGCUUCAUCCCCCAGACCCUGAUUGACCGCUUCGGCGCCGACCACAUGUACUUCACCCCCGAGGAGUGGAGGGUGAUCAACGAGGCGGGCUCCGACUUCUUCGGCCUGAACCACUACUCGACCGCGUACGCGACGGGCAAGUGGCUGAAGCCGGAGGAGGCGACCGUUCUCCAGCGCGCCGAGGGCCUGCAGGAGCGCGUCAAGGAGGACAAGAACGGCAAGGUGAUCGGCAACCGCGGCCAGUACGGGCACCCGUACGACGUUCCCUGGGGAUUCCGCGAGCUCCUGCGCCACAUCCACGCGCGAUACCUCCGCCGUUCCGGCCUGAGGCUGUACAUCACUGAGAACGGCUUCGCCGCCGACCAGGAGUUCAAGAUGACGCGCGAGGAGGCGUGCCAUGGCGACGCGAACCGCCAGCAGCAGACCUACUACGCCAACUACAUCCGCGAGGUGGCGCAGGCGGUGCGCGACGACGGUAUCGACAUUGGCGGAUACAUGUGCUGGUCGCUGCUAGACAACUGCGAGUGGACGACCGGCAUGGUUCCCCGCUUCGGUCUCACCGCCGUCGACUUUGAGAGCCCCAAGCGUACCCGUUACCCCAAGGACACGGUGUGGAUGCUCCGCCGCGUGAUGGACCACCUCAUCAAGCAGUAG